UCUGCGCUCGCGGCCCACAUUGGGUCAGCGACCCUCCGGUUCGUUUCUGACUCUCGGACACUCCCCGCUGCUGCCGACUCGUUCACCUUACGUUUUCGCGUCGGACGGGGGACUUUCAAGUCCACACAACUUUGUCAUUCUGAAAAUAAUCAAAACCACGGCGUUUUGUGAGCCGUUUCCCCCUCAGGCUGGUGUUUAAGGAGGUGAUGCUGGGAGUAGCCGGGAUGACGGGCAGCUUUGCGAAUGCCCUGGUUAGCGCAGUCUGUGAGCGGUGUAAAAGUGGCUUUGCUCCAACUGAGAAAAUUGUCAACAGUAAUGGAGAGCUUUACCACGAGCAGUGCUUUGUCUGCGCCCAGUGUUUCCAGCAGUUUCCAGAAGGACUCUUCUAUGAGUUUGAAGGCAGGAAAUACUGUGAGCAUGACUUCCAGAUGCUCUUCGCUCCUUGCUGCCACCAGUGUGGGGAGUUCAUCAUUGGACGUGUCAUUAAGGCCAUGAACAACAGUUGGCAUCCUGACUGCUUCUGCUGCGAUAUUUGUCAGGCAGUACUUGCAGAUGUGGGGUUUGUCAAAAAUGCUGGCAGGCACUUGUGUCGUCCAUGCCAUAAUCGGGAGAAGGCUCGGGGCCUAGGCAAGUACAUCUGCCAGAAGUGCCAUGCUAUUAUUGAAGAGCAGCCGCUGAUCUUUAAGAAUGAUCCAUAUCACCCUGACCACUUCAACUGUAACAACUGCGGAAAAGAGUUAACUGCUGAUGCAAGAGAACUGAAAGGGGAGCUCUUCUGUUUGCCCUGCCAUGAUAAGAUGGGUGUGCCAAUCUGUGGCGCCUGCAGGAGGCCCAUUGAGGGACGUGUGGUCAACGCCAUGGGCAAGCAGUGGCAUGUGGAGCACUUUGUUUGUGCCAAAUGUGAAAAACCUUUCCUCGGUCACCGCCAUUACGAGAGAAAAGGUUUGGCUUACUGUGAGACGCAUUACAAUCAGCUCUUUGGGGACGUGUGUUAUCACUGCAACCGUGUGAUUGAAGGCGAUGUUGUGUCUGCUCUCAACAAAGCCUGGUGUGUCAGUUGUUUCUCCUGCUCCACCUGCAACACCAAGCUCACUCUCAAGAACAAGUUUGUUGAGUUUGACAUGAAGCCUGUUUGUAAAAAGUGUUAUGAGAAGUUUCCGCUUGAGCUCAAGAAAAGGCUCAAGAAGCUGGCGGAGUCAUUGGGACGCAAGUGAGCUGCUGUCUGAUAAUCACCUGGAUGGGCUUCUGCUGUGGUAAAAUAUCCAGGGAAGAUGGAUAUUUUACCACUUUAUGGUGAAACAUAAAGCCAUUUUGGAGAAAUAGAAUGAAGGAAAAUGUUAUCUCUAGAUCAAUACCAGGAAACCUGAUAAAGUGAAGGUUUAUCAGAUUUGCUGAAAUCCAUCUGUUUACAAAUCGACAUUGACCCAAAUGGUGAAAUUCAUUGAAAAAUAUGCAUUUACACAAAUAUAUUCAACUAUUUCAACUCAUACCCAUCUUUUUUUUUGUUUUAAAGUUUUUAUGUUUUGUUUGUACAUUCCUAAAUUCUUAUAUUUUUCUGUGGAGUGUUUCAAUGUUUAAGUCUAUUCUCCCUCUACUAUUACCAUGUUUAGCUGUUAGUGUGCCUGCCAGAAUAUAGAGUUUAAUAUGACUCUUAAUUACUUAUAUGCCUUAAAAACAAGAACUUUUUAAAUGGGAAUGGCUUCGAUAUUACAACUUGCAUCUUUACUCAUUAUAUGUCCGAUGUAUGGUUUCAAAUUUUUUGAAAAAUCUUCCAAGUUUUCAAAAUACUGUGUAAAAUUUAUAUUCUCAAUGAAUAAAUAUUCCAUAUCAAAUUGUGAAAUUAAUGGCCGUGUCAAAUUCAUGCACCCAGCAUGAGUCCUGUUCUUAUAUUUUAAAAUCUAAUAAUGUAUGCUGUCUCAAUGUGGUUAUGUAUUUCAAAUGCCUGGAAUUGUUGGAUAUUUCUGGAUUAAUUAACAUUUAAAACAUUCAAAGGUGAACGGCUAAUAGGAAAGCAGAACUGUUUUAUUGCUAGUAUUUUAACUUGUUCAAUGUGAAAAUAUCUCUAACAAACCUAAUUGCUUUGAUUAUUUAUAAACUUGAAUGUGUUUUGAAAUGACAGCCACACAAAAUAAUCUUUUUGUGAUAAUUUUACUAUUGGAAGACUUUGUUUACAUUUCAGUUGUGAGCUUGCAUUUUAUUAGCGUGGAAUUGAAAAUUUGAGUUUAUUGCAUCUUAUGUACAGCGCUUCAUGAAAGAUCAAUAAAGUAUU